GCUGGAUUGGCUACUUUGCAAGCGGCUUCUGCGAGUGCGGUGCUGUUGUGACUACAAGAUAUUAACACGCGUCACGCCGGCUUUCGGACCAGAUCGGAGCCUUGCUUGAUCGUACCAACUUGCGGCCUUGCGCUUACACAUCAACUCGCAGACAUAGAGGCAAACGACACACAUCAUGUCGAAAGCACCGUUCGAUAACACCUGGUACCACAGAAAGGUGGCAGGGAGCGCAUCCAAGCCUUGCAACAUCUGCUUCAAGCCCACCUCAAGUGUUCUCAUUACUCCAAAUAACAAGGACUUCUUCUAUGUAUGCAUUGGUCAUCUAUCCGAUCGAGGUUUUUGCCAGCCCGAUGCGGAAGAAGCCGCAAGGACAGCUGAGCGUAUGAAGAAGGAAGAGAUGGAUCAAGAGAUCGAGAAAGUCAAGAAAGAGUACGAAGAGAAGCAGAGACUCAAGAAAGAGAAGCGAAAAGGAAAAGACAAGGAGAAAGAUAAGGAAGCCAAAAGCAACGAGGAAGAGGAAGACAAGAAAGACGAGCAAGCUAAGGACGACAAAAUCAAAGAGCUUACCAAGUCAAGCGAUGCAGCUUCAACCGAACCUGCCGCACGAAUAUACCAUCUCAACAAAUCCUUCUACCAAAUGCGCCUGGACAAACUUCGCAACGCUGAAAUCGCAAAACGCAACCGCGAACGCCUCCAAAACCCCGCAAACUUCCCCUCCGUCCCGAAGGACCUUCCCUGAACCCCCCCGGUCCCAGAUCUCGGAGGUCCGCUCCGUCUCGUCACACGAUCUCCUCCUUGACCCUCCCAUCGUCAUUUUCAGCUUGCAUUCGGAACUCGGGCGUAGACUUGGGCGUACUAAGAACGAUACGUGUGGUUUAGAAGACUGCUUACUGCAGUCAGCUUUAGCUUCUUACACUCCGCUGGAGAUGCAGUCAGCAAUUAGUGUUCGUACUACUGGUUACAGAAAACGGGGAGGUAUCUGGCCGUGUAUCAGGUGGUACAGGCGCAGAUCAUGCUCGAGAUCUUGUUUGAUCGAAAUGCUGCAGUCAGCUUGGAGGACGAGGGGGAGAGGUAUUUCGAAUCUGUGCAAUCCGUUUGAGG